AUGAAUUACAUUGAUAUAAAAGCACCAGGCGAAAAAAUAGAUAUACAAAACGAAUUAUUUUGUCAUCUACCCGAUGGUAACGUUUCUUCUUCUCACUUAUCUUCAUUAAAUACUACACAACGUAAACGUCGUGUAUCAACAGCCCAUGUAUCACACUCUCCUCCAAUAAAUACUAAUAAUCCGGACGCCAGAUUUGCCUUUGAUGAACUUGUUUCUGUUUGUAGCCGUUUCUUAGGCUCAGAAGUUAUCAAUGAAACUGUUAAACAAUUUGCAGAAAACAUCGUUACCCUUAUUGGAUCACCCAUGACACUAGACUCAACUGAGGUUAAACGACGUCUUGAACAGCUAUUACCUACUUCACACGAAUUUCGAUAUCAUAGAGGCAUGUCAUUGUCAGAUCGUGAUUGUACAAUUCUUUGUAGUCUUGCUGAUCGUGUUGUAUACUGCCCUAAUAAUACUGGCAAUUUAAAUAUAGUAGACGAUGAUGAUGAUAAUUUAGUGACAGAAAAUGAACCUGUUGAGAGGGAUAUCAAUACUAGAAUGUCAAAUAAUGUACACUACAUUCGUUCACCUGUCAAAAAUACAGGGGCGAACUGGAUUAAACAACAGGUUGUUCCUUUACCUCGACAACUGCCAAAUUUUAUUGAGCCUAAUAAAGAACUCGGAGAAGGUGAACAGCUCGAAUAUGAUUAUGAUAUCACACCUUAUGAUAGUGAUAAUGAACCGCCUAUUCAAAUGGUUUUAGAAAGAAGAUGA